AUGGAAGUCAACUGCGUUGAGGCGGUGAGUUAUGUUCCGGUUUGCAAGGAAGUGCUAAUUUUUGGAAACCCUCCAGGCCAUCAAGACAACGUGACAACACCCUUUACCCAGGUGAUCAGCCAUCGCUCAGUGCAGCCAGCGGCUGAUGAACCUAGUCUGCGACUGGGUCAAGACGUGAGCUAUGUUGAUCAUUGGCGGAGCCAGGACAUGCAGUCACCCAUAUCAACCGAUACGCUGCACAGUGUAGCUACCCCGGUGUCAAUAACCGAGAGGCUGCAGAAGGUUGAGGGUACGAAGCGCAAGAGGUCGGAGAGCAGUAGCUUAGAUUCCGAUGCAAUGUACUCCGCUGCUGCAUUGCCAAUGCCUGCCGCCACGUCUUCAGCAUCUGUACACUUUGCCUCGGCAACCGCCGCCGCGCCGGCACUAUCUCCAUCCUCCGCAGCACACAUAGGCACAGCCACCGUCACCGCGGUCUCCUUGCCAUCUACAAGCGCAGCAACAGUAGCAGGAGCAGCAACCUCUGCAUUCCUAGCGCCGGCUUCAGGCGUGGCAGCGGCGGUCGGAUCUGGAGCAUCGGCAGCCCCGUCAGAUGCUGCAACGCUCAUGCCAGUGUCUUGCUCAGCGACAUCUGCAGCAGCACCAACUGCUGCGAGCUCGGCAUCUGUAGUCACUUCUUCAGCGGAUGCAGCAAUUGCCUCUGUCACUUUCAGUCCAGGCGGGGACAGCUUAUCACUCCGUACAAGUCACUGCACUGCCAUUGCUGACACUGACUUAUCACCGGUGUUUGAUUUACUCCACCCUACCACAGCCAUGCCAGCUUUGUCACUGUCAUCAGCACUACCAACAGCAUCAUCAUCAUCAUCGGUGUCAUCGUUGUCAUCGUCAUCAAUGUCCCUCCCUGCUGUUCUCUCUAAGUCGCGCCGCACAUCCGCAGCUCCCUCUGCCCACCCCACUUUAAACCGGUACUCUGCCGUGACAAGUGCUGCUAGCGUUAAGAUGGAGGCUGUGCCAGCUCCCUGCUGUGCCUCUACAACCAUGCCCAGCGUCACAACCCCCACCACCACAUCUUCUGCCACAAGCACUAGGCGCCUGCUGCCAUCACGAAAAGUCAUGAAGUCAUCUGCCACUACAGCCGCUGCUGCCACUGCUGGCAUGUCCACUAAUCUGACUGCUGCCAUGUCCACUAAUCUGACUGCUGCUAUGUCCAAUAACCUGACUACUGCGCAUCGCCGGCCUAGCUCCCAGACCCAGGUUGGGUUUGGUCUAUCGGCGGACUCUAACAUUCAGCAGGAGCUUCUGCUGCAAGCACACAAAGCUGAACAACAACUGCGACAAUCUCCACAGCUGGAAGUGUACAGACAGCAGCUCCUGGCUCAACAUCAGCACCAGCAACAUCAACAGCAGCAGCAGCAGCAGCAACACCACCAGCAGCAACACCAGCAGCAGGCACCACCACCGCAGCAGAUCCUGGAGCAAGUGACGGCUGAGCGACGUGCCCAGGCGCAGCGGAACCUACAGCAGCGGCAGCAGCAAAACACGGUGCCUCGCAAUAGCGCAGCAGCAGCAGCAGUAGCAGCAACAGCGACAUCCGCCUCCUUAGGCGAAUUGGCAGCUGUCAGCUCUCCGGCAUCGUCGAUGCACGCAGCCACACCACCUGGCUUGAAUACACAGUCCAGCUCCGCUGUGCUUCCACCUGUACGUCCAUUGUCUCGGUCACAGCCCAUUGUCACAGGCAAUGCCACUGCCACAGCCAUCCCUAGCUCAGACGAUGCCAUCACUGGUGCCCAUACAGCUUCCAGUGCGGCCAGCACGCCAGCCCAGCUGACAGUGGUUCACCCACUCCAGUCAUCCCAUCAGGCAUCCCAUCAAGCAGUGUCCAAUCCAAACUUGCAAGCACUGGUAGACAAGUACAAUGCGCAGCAGCACUCCGCACACCAACAGUGGGCGCAAGCACAGCAACAACAAAAACACAGCCAGCAGCAGAAACAGCACCAGCAGCAAGAUCAGCUGCAGCAGCAGAAACAGCAACAGGAGCAUUUGCAGCUGAUUCAGAAGCAGCAACAGGAGUGGCUGAAACACCAACACCAGCUGCAGAAGCUCCAGCAGAUGACACGAGGCCAGCAGAUGAGAACACGAAGCCAACAGCAGCAACAGCAACAGCAGCAGCGCAUGUCAAUGCUCAGCCCACAUCAGCAACUACUGCUGCUUAGGGCUAAGCUAAACAAGCCUGGUCUGUCCCCUCAUGAACACCAGGCAGCCAUGUUAAAAUGGCAGCACUACCAACAGCAGUUGAAGGCGAUCCAGCAGAGGGCAACUGCAACUGGUCCCAGUGUACGUAGCCAAACCCUUGCCUCCAGUGCUGGCGUUGCUAGUGCUAGCAAUGCUAUGGACAUCAGCAACGUCACUGCCACUGCCACUCCUGGCCGUGCCAGCACAAAUUCCUUGUUAAAAAAUGGUGCUGUUACCACUACCACCAUACCCACUCCUAAUAUCAAGGUUGCCAUGACACCAUCCUCCAUUAGCGCCAUGGCAGCCGCAGGAAAGCCCAGCAGUGUUCUGCGCACACCACCUGUAACGACCUCGCCGCAGCAGCAGCCCAACACCAGCUUCCUGCCACCAUCGUAACGACGCACGUACCCACGUUGGCAGUCAAACUGUAAAUAACCAAACUAUAAAAUCAGACGACAUCGCGUUGCUCUGUGUAUAUAUUGCAAACAUGAAGUUACAAAACUGUUCGCUGUGAUGUCAAAACAUGUACAAAUUGUAAAAAAAGAUGUAAAAAGGAUUAUUCUAAAUUUGCUUUGUAAAUAGAACUGAUGGUGUACUUAUGUCCUUGGCCAUAAGUAUAACAAUGUCUAUGUGUACAGGACUUACUUUGCUAUAUAUUAUAUUGGCUAUGUGUACAUGACGCAAGAAGCUGGCAACUAUUAAAAUGUUUCAUGCAACCAACAGAUCUAUCUCUAUACAUGCGCCACUAUUCCGAUCAAGAGCGGCGGUAUCCGGCAGUAUGUUCAGCUUGGAUAGGCGACAUUCACACUAACUGUCACCUGUAGUCUCGGCGCGAGACCCACUUUUCUACCUGGUCUUCUGAUUUUUUUAAUUUAUCGUCUCAAACUAUCCUGCUCCCCUCUGGAGCUGGUGUCAUGUCAAAGAACUUACUUGAGAAUUGUUGUGUGCGUAUGUUGGUACAAGUACCCCUGUCUUUUUACUUUUCAAUCAACACCACCACCCACCUUGCUGGGCUAUGGAGCUCCUUGCAUACAUAAAGAUGCUACA